UAUAAAUGUUGCAGACAGGAGAGGUGUCUGCUUAUAUUUAUAUCUAUGAUGAUUAAGCUUACUAGUUUGACGCGAGUUGGGUCGAUCUGGAGUACCAAGAUAGGGCCGAAUUUAAGGACGACAAAGUAUAGUACGCCUUUUAUCCAUGCUGUGUCCAAACGCCGACAUAAGACAUACUUUCACACGCACACAAGGGCACAUGAACAAAGGCGCCAUUUGCCGGGGUCUGGUAUUGAGUUACAGAAAGGAUCGAAUACAAACAAAACUAAUAACACCAUGAGAAAAACUGCAGGAGUUGUGAUUAUAGGAAAUGAAAUACUCUCUGGGAAGUUCAAAGACGAAAAUAUUUACGUGCUGGGUAAAUUCUGCACGGAAUCGGGAUUAAGGUUGUGCAACGUUAGUAUAGUUGAAGAUGAUUACAAAGCAAUUGCGGACGCUGUUCGUCAUCAGAGCGAGAACUUUGAUUUUGUAUUCACAAG